AUGCGCCCCCGCGCCCCCGCCGCCGCCGCCGGCGCGCUCGGGCUCUGCAGCCUGCUGCUGCUCCUCGGGCCCGGGCAUGCGUGCCCCGCGGGCUGCGCCUGCACCGACCCGCACACCGUGGACUGCCGCGACCGCGGGCUGCCCAGCGUGCCCGACCCCUUCCCCCUGGACGUGCGCAAGCUGCUGGUGGCCGGCAACCGCAUCCAGCACAUCCCCGAGGACUUCUUCAUUUUCUACGGCGACCUGGUCUACCUGGACUUCAGGAACAACUCUCUGCGCUCGCUGGAGGAGGGCACGUUCAGCGGCUCGGCCAAGCUCGCCUUCCUAGACCUCAGCUACAACAACCUGACCCAGCUGGGCGCCGGCGCCUUCCGCUCGGCCGGGAGGCUGGUCAGGCUGAGCCUGGCCAACAACAGCCUGGCGGGCGUGCACGAGGCCGCCUUCGAGACCCUGGAGUCGCUGCAGGUGCUGGAGCUCAACGGAAACAACCUGCGCCGCCUGAACGUGGCCGCCCUGGCCGCGCUGCCCGCGCUGCGCUCCCUCCGCCUGGACGGGAACCCCUGGCUCUGCGACUGUGACUUCGCCCAGCUCUUCUCCUGGAUCCAGGAGAACAUGUCCAAGCUGCCCAAAGGCCUCGAUGGGCUCCAGUGCUCCCUGCCCACGGAGAACAGGAGGGUGUUCCUGCACGAGCUGUCGGAGGCCAGCUUCAGCGAGUGCAGAUUCAGCCUGUCGCUCACAGACCUCUUCAUCAUCAUCUUCUCGGGGGUGGCCGUGUCCGUCGCCGCCAUCAUCUCCAGCUUCUUUCUGGCCACCGUGGUGCAGUGCGUCCAGAGGUGCACCCCCAACAAAGACACCGAGGAGGAAGACGAGGAUGAGGAUGACUGAGCCACCCCCUGCCCUUCCUUGCUGGACAGAACCAGAGCCGGGAGCUCCCCUCUGAGAAGAGAGGGAAACACUGAAAGCAGAAGAGCAUCAGCCGGUCAUGCCCAGAGCAGCACCUGCUCCAUGCUCUGCACCCUGGGCAUGCCCGGCAGCCCCUCUGAUCCCAGAGCUUAGAAUCCACAGGGCCUAGUGCCCAGGCAGAGCCACCAGCCUCCCAGCCUGAGCUGUGUGUGCGUGGGCAGAAGUGGCCAAGUUGGGCUGCCCGGCUGACAGCUGAAAACCAGCCCAGAGACGAGAAGACUUGCAGCUCUUGGCCACAGAGAUUAUUUUGUGUGUCCAUUUCUCAGAUCUGGACUGGGAGACUGUGCGGCGUCUCCUUCCUUCCAAGACGCAGCUGCACAGACAGUGGGGAUUCAAGCUCAGGUCCCUGUCUGGGAGCAGGGCUUCUGCUGUAAUGGGCUUCAGCAACCCUGGGAGGUUACGUGCAGAGCAAACCGUUUGGUUAAAAUGGCAUUGAAGAGAAAACUAAGGCCUGGCCAAUGGGUAUUUGCUGUUGCAUUUUGGUGAGUGGCUUGGGAAAACUUCCACUGACAGAACUCAAACCCUGAUCUUUAGCCUAAGAGGAGGCCACUUGUAGAGGGAGGGCGGUCAGUUGGUGUAGUUGUGAUGGCCUCCACUCAGUCACUCUUCCCUCUAAAGUACAACCGAGUUGUUUCCCUUCCUGUCCCCAACCCCAGCCUCAUCCCUAACCUGCACCCUGAGUCCCUCCUCAGCAAGCUAAUACCUGGCUGUUCUCUGUGCUUCACUGUCCCAGACUGUCAUCUCUAGAACUUUCCACAAGGCCAGGAUUGUGAAGGCAGAUUGCACUGGACCAAGAAAAUGUUGAAAAUAAACAAACUGGGACUUGACCUCUGAGAAACCUCCAGCAGGGGCCUAA